AUGACAUCAUGUAAUCUCAUGACCACUCCUAUGGAAACAUCUUCCAAACUUAGUGCUACAGGUGGUGCCCUUCUACCUGACGGCACUCUCUACCGCCAUCUUGCGGGCGCUCUACAGUAUCUCACAUUUACACGCCUCGAUAUCACCUAUGCCGUUCAACAAGUUUGUCUCUUCAUCCAUGCUCCUCGGGAACCUCAUUUUAAUUUCAUGACGCACAUUCUUCGCUACAUCAAGGGCACACUUGAUUUUGGUUUAUAUAUUAAAGUAUCAUCACAACAUAAUCUUAAGGCUUACUCCGACGCUGACUGGGGGAGUUUCCCUGAUUCUCGAAGAUCUACAUCUGGUUAUUGUGUUUUUCUUGGUGACAAUCUAGUUUCAUGGACUUCAAAGCUAUAA